AUGUCAAUAUCUCAUUCUGAUCGACAACAAUUAUUGGAGCAUAAAAGACAGAGGUUGCAGGAGUUGAAACAGAGGCGUUUGUUACAACAACAGUCUCGUCUGCCCACCCCUGAAGAAUCUCAGCCCUUGUUAUUUAAAAAGCGUGUAGACGCAGCAACUCAAACACAACAUCAUGAAAUCUCAUCUGAAGAAGCAAAACCCAUCAAACAGGUAACUAAGAAGGAAAUUGAGAAAUACGACAAGUCUGUUCAGACUGUAACACCCACUCAAGCUGAAACAGUACCACUAACUGUACCUGUUGAGAAUACAAUUAAUCUUCUUGAUAAGCAAGCUGUUUCCGGAAAUAAUUUGUGUGGAUCAUUCACCAAUUCGAUCAAAUCGAUGAAUAAAGUCGAAGUUACCAACACAGUUCAGUUAGACCAGUCAGAGACAGAUGACUCAGAUGAGGACUUGUUCUCGGGAUUUAAUACCGUAGCAAAGCAUUAUUUCGAUCUGUCCAUUCGAUGUGUUGACGUUCUUUCUAAAUCGUUGGCACUUGUGUUUGCAGAUAAUGAAGGUGUGGUAUACGAUUUCCAAUCAGCACGGUUAUUCCCUGAGUUUUAUUUGGAGUCGAUUACAGGAAUUGAAAUCUUGCAGUUUGAUAAAUAUAACAAUCGCCGAUUAAUAGGGGGUUUGAGCAACGGUGUAGUUUGUAUAUGGGAGUUGGAGAACAGUAGUAUGUCUUUGAUGCCUGUUUUGUCUACACCAUUGUACACGCCUGCUAAUUCAACAUCGGCAAUCUUGCAUUUGGAUAAAAUUGUUUAUUUGACUCAGUUUCUUCUUGAUGGUAAUCCGUGUAUUUUGUCUUUGUCACGAGAUGGUGUAGUUAAUGUUUGGUCAUCAAACUUAUUAGUUGAACCAAAGUUGUCUUUUAGAAUAUUUGGAUCUAAAAGGAAAGCUCGUGGUCAACAAAUUAUGCAUGGAUUGUAUUUGGGACCGGACGAGAUUGUUGGUACGAACUUUAUACUUGAUUUAGUUGUUGCCACAAACAAUGGCAAAAUAUAUAAAGGUAACGGUGAGCUCAUACACGAGGACUGUCCAUCUAUUAUUAGUUCCUUGAUCCAGCUUGACGACUUUAUAGUAUCGUGUCAUCCAGAGUGGAAUUUCAAAAUUUGGAAAGAACAAGUUCAGCCUUUUCAAAUUAUCCCAACUUCUCAUAUUAUCCACAAGAUGAUACCCAGGCCACAUAGAAAGUCGCAAAUGGUAACUGUGGGUUAUCCAAACACGGUGAAUGGUCGACAAGUGGUAGAGAUGUGGGAUUUGAGCAAGAAGUUGUAUUCGCCAAUUAGCACCAUAAUGACAUCAGAAGACAAAAUUGACACUAUUGCUUUUAAUGAAACAGGUGAUACUUUCAUUGUGGUUGUGGAUGGCAAUAUGACUAUCUAUUCUGUUGAUGAUUCAAAGUUUCCCGAAUUUGACAAAGAUGAUUCUGGUUUUGAUAAAGGUAUAUAA